AACAUUUUAUACAGAUUUCAUGUUUUUCUUCCAAAUGUCAAAAUCAGCUGAUGGAAUACGAUUUCAAGCUAAUAAGUUGAAAACAUCGAUAAGUUUACUCAGAUUUCUUUCUAUUAGGUGAAAACAACUGCACAAUGAACCUGAAAAAUGAUAUAAAAAUCAUGCCUCGUUCAAUGGUUUGUGAAGACACUAAUCUCCGAGGUGAAAUAACCGUGUCCAGCGGAUGUGUCAUUCAUCCAAGUUCGACUAUAUUCGCUGAAUCCGGCCCGAUAGUGAUAGGAGAAAACUGUAUCAUUGAGGAAUAUGCAACGAUUGUACAUCGCAUUCCAAAAGGUCAUCCGUCCUACGACGACGUUUUGGAAGGCAAUGUAAAGCCACUGGUAAUUGGCCCAGACAACAUUUUUGAAGUAGGCUGCACCGUGGAAGCGCUCAAGAUUGGAGAGCGGAAUGUUUUCGAGUGCAAAAGCUACGUUUCGGCGGACGUAGUCGUUACCAAUGGGUGCGUCAUCGGGGCAGGUUGUCGACUGGUCGGGGAGCAGGUAUUACCGGAGAAAACGAUUAUCUACGGAAAGCAAUGCCAACAGCGAGAGGCAAUCGAAAAGCAGAGAUCUCAGAUGGUGCAAAUUGAUUAUCUUCGGAAAAUAUUACCCAACUAUCACCACUUAAAAAAGGCAUCAUAUGAUCCAAAAAAAGUACGGGCACAAGUUUAAAAAAUUUUACGAUUUGAAUACAUUAUCAUGUAGAAUUUUAUAAAGUGAUGAUCAUUUAAAUAUUUCCAGCUGAUGUAUUAAUAUGUAUAAU